UCUGUCGCAUGUCCUGUGGAGUGUGCAGAUGUUAUUGCUAUUAUUACCGUUAUUCGCAACUGUCAACGCGUAUUAUUACCUUUGCUAUCAUUACCAAAUCCUGGAGGCAGAAUGCUAAAUCGACCAGCAAAUACCCAUCAGUCCAACAUAUGCUGGACGUUGGUAUCAGACCCAGAUCAUCGACAGCGCCUAUCAGCCAUUCACUCGCUGCAUCCACUCCGACUACGACUACUCCGACUGUGACCUAUGGCUUUAAAGUUCUCGCCGUUCUCUGCGAAGGGAUCGAGACCGACUUCGAGACGUCCUCGUGUGCGUAUCCCUGCGCCUAAGGAACGGCCUCGUCUUCGGCUUCUCGCGCACCCCACAGACUUCCGGUCCAGCGAACGGCACGGCGCCUCCGUCUUCCGCAAGAAUGGAGUCGAUAUCAUCAUUUUUUUUUUUUUUUCAGUUUUUCAUGAGAUUAAAUGCAUCUAUUUUUCUUAAAGAUAUUAGUUCGUUUUAUAUUUCUAAUAAAGAUAUAAUCGCA